GAAUAAUUCAAAAAUCACUGUGAUCGUAUAGCUAGUCGCACCUCUAUUUUACCUGUUCCCAGGUGAGCGACCCUCGUGGCGAGCUGCCCCCGUGUGGACGCAGGAGGUGGCGACACCCGGCAGAGGCGGGCCGGAGCGAAGGAAUUCACUUAGAAAUAAAAGCAGGAAGCGGAGAAAAAGACACACGGACGUCGGUCGGACGAGUUGCCGACGAUCUUUCUUGUUUCGGCCUGUUCAGUGCUAGUGGUUGUUUCCCGAUUUGGCUUUUCUGACGGAUUUGUUGUAACUUUUGGAUUUAAAAACAUGGAGUCUAACAUGGAGCAAGGUGAAACAGCUGUGCAGCAGGACCGUGUCAAAACCCUGCAGUCUCAGGUGGAAGGGGUCAAAGACAUCAUGACCCAGAACGUGGACCGGAUCCUGGCCCGGGGAGAGCGGCUGGACGACUUGAUGGGCAAGACUGAGGACCUGCAGGCUGGGGCGCAGAACUUCAAACACACGUCACAGAAGGUGGCGCGAUCCUACUGGUGGAAGAACGUGAAGUUGGGGGUGCUGAUCGCAGUCAUUGUUGUCAUCAUCAUCCUCAUCAUCGUACUACUGGCCACCGGGGUCAUCCCAACAAGCAGCACCAAACCAUAACUGCUCCCACACACCAGAGCUUACAAAGAAAAGCCCACUCUCUCUCCCUCUCUCUCUCUCUAUCUCACACACACACACACACACACACACACACACAUACGUGUACAUUACAUCGGUGUGGCCCAGGAUCUCAAGGUCUGCUAGUUAGAUUUAAGCAUUUCAGACCAGUCAAAGCUGGCUGCUGCCCACCUCAGACACCUUAAUAAAAGCAGGACUGAGUUCCGGAACCUUCUUCCCCAUCUCCCCAUUUCCAGGCCUCAUUCAUUGAUGGAGUAAAUGAGGUCUGAGGUUCUGUGAUCUGUACUGUGUGCUGGAGGCUGUAAUUGUUCACGUGAAUAUACAUUAUAAGAAGAGAGGGGAUUUAAACUAGUACUGCAAGGCUCGGAUAAGCUGUUAUUGCUGUAAUGUGUAAAUUAUUGUCACCUUGGUAUAUCUAUUUGUAUGUUUUUAUAGCACAGAUAAUCUCUUUAUUCAUGAGUUGUGAGAAUUAUUUUCUCUGUUCAUUCUGAGGCGUUCCAUGGGAAGAUAUUUUUACGCUUAUCCUUAAAACUGGUGCCAUUCUUUAGGUCUUAAGCGAAUCCUGGACUAACGGGUGUCUCUUGGCUGCUACCAGAGGGCCCAGUUUGAUAAUGGGACACAAACCGGGUCAUGGGGAUAAUGUAGCUUGUUUCAGCUUGUUUAUCUGUGGGGAUCACCCCCCCCCCAGCAUGGUCGUGCAGUUCCCGUCAGUCUGUCUGCCACAUUUGCUCGGUCAUUCCAUCCGACGACUAAAGAGUGUCACCAGUGCACAGAACCGGGACUAUACUGUGUAAACCAGUUAAAGAGUCAAAUUAGAAAAAUGGCUUUAUGAUGGUCAAAUAAAUUAACUUGUUUCCUGCUGACCAGUCUAUAAUAUGUGUAAACAUUUAAAAUUAUACCUUAGGAGCUCUAAUAUAUGUAUAUUCUGUAGGGGUGUGUGUGUGUGAGUAUGUAUUACAUGCAGACAAAUGUUAAGCAUAAUAAGGUUAAAAGUGAUAUUUUCCUAAAGAUUUAAAACAUAUGUAAAUGUGCUUUUAUUGGGGCUUUAUGGAUUAAUUUCAUAAACAUUGGAUUAUAAAUACCCUACUUAACCUAUACUUAUAUAUGGUGUAGUCAUUUUGGUAACUUAUCUUUUAUUAUAGUCUCAGAUGUCUAUAUAACUAGCCCUGUAAUAUAGCCCUGCUGCGGAAAGCUUUUGAACUGGAACAUAGCGCACCCUGUAGGCAGGGAGGAUAGAUACAUUGAUUGUUUUGAGAUACUCUUUUCUUUGCUGGUGGGGGGACAGCAGCCUUGGUCUUGCUUGUUAGUUGUAUGAUCCACCAGCACUGGGGCUGUGUACACCUACCACACAGCCUUGUGGGACAGGAAAGCAGGAGGAGUGUGUGCACCUUCUCUGUGACCCUCUGCUGUUACUAAGCUUCAUCGUCAUGUUGUAUAUAUGCUUACGUUUGUAACAUUUGUAAACAGACAACCGCUGAGUUCUUCCUCAUCGUGUUCAUAUGUAAUGCCAUUGUUACAGAACCCUUAAUUAUUCUCCAGGACAGAUGCCCUCAGCCUCUCCCUGCAGUGAAGAAGCAGGGCGUGCAGAGGUUUGUAGGGCUGUCCCAUACUUUCCCCUUACAGAGUCCUGCAGUCAGGACUCGUACUUUCCAUUAACCACCCAUAAAACAUUUAAAGUGCUACAUACUUGUGAUUUUCUGCAUCUGUUCUGCCCUUGAAGAUCAUGCCUUUUCCUCCCAAUGGGGACUUUGCCUUUCCCUCCCAAUGGGGACCUGUUUGUGACGCUGAUCAUGCUGCCGUACUCUGACAGCUGUCGCUCAGCCCCCGCCUGCAAGCAGGUUCCAGCAAAACGGGGGACGAACUUUGUGGACUGUGGGAAACUCACCGUUUUGGAUGGGGCUUCUGGGAUAUCAGGCCAGUUGAUUUACGUAUGUAUGUUGCUUAUAGAGCACGUGAAUGGAAAUGGCUGAUAUUAUCUCUUAUGUUACAAUAAACAGCUCCUGCUUAUUCAACCA